AUGAUUUCGUUUCAGCUCUCGGUCAUACAGGUGCUGGUUUUUGUUCCAUGCAAUCUUUUCCCAACACCGAAUAUUCGCUCGGAUAAUAUUUCAUGGUUAUAUCAAGUUCUAGCAGAUCGUUGGAUUAAACUUGGUUUACCGAUUGAUACACGUGAAAAUAUUGAACGUGGAGGUUUUUAUACAACAGUAGUACGACCUGGUCUACGCUUAAUUUCAUUUAACAUGAACUAUUGCUCACCGGAGAAUGUUUGGUUAUUUAUUAAUUCAACUGAUCCACUUGAUCAACUUCAAUGGAUGAUUCAAUGGUUACAAUAUGCUGAAGAUCAUGGAGAAAAAGUUCAUGUCAUCGGACAUAUUCCAUCAAAACAUUGUUUAGCAUCGUUUAGAUAUAUAACACUAUCAUUGACAACUUUUUCUUAUCUUAAUCCAGGUUAUCGUGUUUAUCCAAUCGAUGGUAAUUAUCAUGAUAGUUCAUAUUGGGUACUUGAUCAUCAUACUGUAAUUAUGAAUUUAACAGCAACAAAUAUGCAUAAUAGAACAAUUUUUAUUGAUGAAUAUGAUGCUCGAGAUGCAUAUCAAAUGGAAAAUUUAUUUCCAAAUGAUUGGCAUAAUCUAAUUGAAAGAUUAAAAAAUGAUAUUGAUGGCCAAUUAAUGGGUUUAGUCUAUCAAUAUUAUACAGAAUCAUAUGCAGAUGGUCGUCAAUGCAAUCAUAAUUGUCGUCGAGGAUUUUUAUGUGAUUUUAUAACAGCUCGAUUAGAAGAUCCUCAUGCAUGCGAUUCACUUCCUAAUUAA